UACGCGAGCGGUGUGAAGGCGGAGAAUAGUAGCGGGCUGAGUUGCGUCCUUCCGUGUCUUAUCGUCACCUUCACUUUUCCCGCCGUAUAUCUUCAACCUUCUGCCACCUUCAAAUCUGCUCUCAGACACCCUCGCACCCCAACAACAGUGACAACAUCAACAAUCUCCAUCGACACUCUGAUCCCACACACCAGCUUCACCAGCCAUCUUCAACAAUCUCGUCGCCAAGAUGCCUAUGAACUGGAACGACCCGGGCGUCCUCGAGCGUCUGUUCAUCGCAACACUCGCGUCCUUCGACAACAAGGUCAACAUCAGAGAGAUCGCUACUCUCUACGGCGGCGAGAUGACCUACGAUGCGCUUGAAAACCGUAUGCGCAAGUUCAAGAAGGCAGCCACCGCACUCAAGGACGAGGCCGGCGGCGGCGACAGUGCUGCGAAGAGCCCUGUCAAGACACGCGCGAAGAAGGGUAGUGCUAGUCCGACCAAGGGUGCCGUCAAGACCGGUCGCGUCACCAAGAAGAAGGCAGCCGCUACUCCCAAGAUCAAGCCUGAGCCGCUGCUUGAGGAAGACGAUAUGCAGGGUGUCGUUGAGGAGGACCUAGAUGGUGGUAACGAGGUCAUUGACGAGAUUGAGGAGGAGGUCUGAAGGGCUUAGGCUGGCUACUGAACACAUUUUGACCAGGCGAUAUGCGAGUUCUUCUCAUACUGCCGGUCUUACUUGUGCUACUGCACGCUUGCUUUUCGCCGCCUACGCGUACGCGCUGAGACGCGGAGACAGAAAACGUCAAAUUUAGUUCAUUCAGUGGGUGUCAUCG